ACUGGCUGAAAUUGUCUUACUAGAGGUGUAUAUAAGGCAACCAAACGUGACUUCCACACACCAGGUAACCAGCCAGCCAGCCUUCGUCCACCCUCCUCGGCACUCCCCCCAUACUCCCCUCUUCCCCACACAUACAAGGCUCCUUCCUCCCUCCCUUGCUCCUCCUACUACUACUCAUACUAUUACUACUACUACUACUACUAUUACUCCACCGGCACCAGGAUGCACAACUACCGCCCCUCCUAAGCCCAGUCGUCAUCCUCAGCCUCAGCCUCCGUCACAGCAUCCUCAUCAAGAGCAAGAUAAACACAUCUCUCAGGCCUCCUCCUCCUCCUCGGGUGUGUUUGGAUCUCAGAGUUUAGAGGAUCACUUCGUAGGCUUGGAAUUACGUUUGUGCCUCGCUUCCUCCCCCUCCGUCGGGAUGCUGCGUGCGGCCGCUCUGGUCCUCCUGAUGGCGACCGUCCUAGCGCUCGACGAGACCUUCCUGGACAAGUACGCCUUCACUAAGGUGAUGCAGCACUGCCUGGGCUCCGCCAACUACUACCGUCAGCUCAGCGAGGUGGGGCGCGCCAAGAGCUACUGUCUGGGCCUCCGGCAGAGGGUCUUCCUCACCACUUCGGGACCAAACUACUUCUUCUCUUCGUUCCCCGGCCAGGGUAACCAGCUGGGCGGAGGCGGAGGUGUCGGCGCCGGUGGGGUGCUGUGGGACGCGGGCACCCUGGCUCAGGCCGCCGCCCAACUCAACGCCGAGCUCAGUAACUUCACCUGCGUCCUGGAGACCAUCAACGCGAUCGACGGGCAGCUGAGAGUAAAGCAAGACUCCUUCGUGAACCACUACUACUCAACGACCCCCGACACUUCCCUCCGUGACGACCUCGUGGAGAAUAUCUACUACUGCAACGAGGCGGCGAACGGACUACCCCUGGAGCGGGACAACUCGCCAGUCCACGCCCGCCUCCAACGCCUCAUGUUCUUCCUCAAGUGCGAGAAGAAGAGACGCCUCGCCGCCUGCCUCAAGCACGACAUCAGGGCCAACCUAGGGCAGUACGACCCCGCUGGCCUGCCCGGGUACGGUUCUCGCAGGGACGCGGCCGAUCAGGUGCUGGCGCUGCUGGUGGGCGCGGAUGGCAUCAAGAACCUCGACCUCUACUACUGAUUGGGGUGGAUAGGGAUGGAUGGGUGGAUGGGUGGAUGAAUGAAUGAAUGAAUGGAUGGACAGAUAGAUGGAUAAAUGGAUGAAUGGGUGGAUGAAUGAAUGAAUGAAGGAAUGGAUGGACAGAUAGAUGGAUAAAUGGAUGAAUGGGUGGAUGAAUGAAUGAAGGAAUGUAUAGACAGAGAGAUGGAUAGAUGGGUGGUUGGAUGAAUAAUGAAUGGGGAGAUGGAUGGAUGGGGAAAUGGAUGAAUGAACGGAUGGAUGGAUGGAUGGAAGGGGGAUUGUAUUGGAUCUAUUUGUGGCAGGUUAGAUUAGGUUUGGGUGAGAGUUAGGUCAGGUGCGGGAAGGUUACACAAGUUCUUGAAUACGAUUAUAUUACGUUAGGUGUUGAAGCUUAUACUUAAUGGGAUGAUGGAAAGAAGAUUCAGCAAGUGCAAGAGGGCAUUUUUUUUUUCGCCUUGAGUUUUCUAUUUCUGUAAAACAAAAAAAUAUUAUAGGACAGCUUGGCUACAGUUCUAUGGUUACUUCAAGAACCAUAACUUGCAACGCACAGCUAAUAAA